AUGACACCCAAGAAGAGGGAGAAGGAGAAGGAGAAGGAGAAGGAGAAGGAGAAGGAGAAGGAGAAGGAGAAGGAGAAGGAGAAGGAGAAGGAGAAGGAGAAGGAAAAGGAGAAGGAGAAGGAGAAGGAGAAGGAGAAGGAAAAGGAGAAGGAGAAGGAGAAGGAGAAGAAGAAGAAGAAGAAGAAGAAGAAGAAGAAGAAGAAGAAGAAGAAGAAGAAGAAGAAGAAGAAGAAGAAGAAGAGAAGAAGAAGAAGAAGAAGAAGAAGAAGAAGAAGAAGAAGAAGAAGAAGAAGAAGAAGAAGAAGAAGAAGAAGAGAAAAUAUUCCCCGCUAUUUAUUUUACAGCAUAUGCAAGUUUCCUCCCAUCAUACCGACGAAGGCGAGUGACACGCAAGAAGGAAAAGAGAAGAUGGCUGGCUGA